CACACACACACACACUAGUCUGCGUAAAGCUCACACGGUCGUCUCAUUUUCAGAAAUGCAGUAAGAUAUUGCAAGCUCUGUUUAUUAAAUCCAGUGCAUGAAUGCAGUUUAAUACAAGCUGUUUUAUAGCCGCUUUCCUGCAGACUGGCUAUAGAGGAAACAACGUGCUUUGAAUACAGAGGACUUUCUGUAGUACCGCCCGGGCGCGAGUCAAAGACUCAAAACAGAGAAAUGACUCUCAUGUUCUAAAGGAGCGCAUUUAUAGAUUCGUCUUACUGCCUCUUACUGGCUUUCUUUUGUGCACAUCAGCCUCUGGGCUAUUCGAGAAGAAGAAAGAGCGUUUAUCUUCUGCGGGAUAGGGAAAAUAAAAUAAAACCCAUUCAAGGAGAGCAGCUGAUGAGAUAUUUCUCGCUUUGAGAUGCUUUAGUGAUUUUAACUGGACUCAUGGCUUCGCUUUACCAGAGAUUCUCGGGGAAGAUUAAUACCAACACAUCUUUCCCCCAUCCACCUGAAGCCAGUCGUCUCCUGGGUGGACAGGUUCCUGAAGACGAGAAUAAGGCGGAGAAGAGUCCCCAUCAUGCCGCAUCCCGACCUCCGGUCCAGUACCGCAAGAGAAACGCCUGCGAGGAUGAAGACGAGCUGGUGGGGAGUAGUCCUCCUCAGAGGAACUGGAAGGGAAUCGCCAUUGCAUUGCUGGUCAUCCUGGUCAUCUGCUCUCUGAUCGUCACCUCCGUCAUUCUGCUCACACCAAAUGAGGAUGACAGUCUGGCCUUCAAGAAGAAAGUCACUAUUGAGGAUCUCUUCAAUGGAAAGCUCCAGGCCCAUGACCCUGAGGCAACAUGGCUUAGCGACACUGAACUGCUGUACCGUAAUCGUGAGGGUGAUGUUGUCAAACUCAACGUGCUGACCAACACCACAGAGGUUCUGGUGAACCACAAGAUGUUCGAGAGUUUCCAAAACCAGGGAUUCUACAAACCCACCAAAUACCAAGUGUCUCCUGAUCUAAAAUAUGUGCUGUUGGCCUACAAUAUUGUUCCGCUUUAUCAAUUUUCCUUCAUGGCCUAUUACAUCAUCUGCAGCCUUGAAACUCCGGAGAAAGUGGAACUGACACCUAAUGAAGUACAGAACACUGCACUGCAGUAUGCUGGAUGGGGCCCCAAAGAACAACAACUGAUUUUCAUCUUUGAGAAUAACAUCUACUACAAAGCGAAUGUGAACAGUCCAUCAAUACGCCUGGUUUCUACGGGCAGUCAGGGGGUCAUAUUUAAUGGACUGGCUGACUGGCUUUAUGAAGAGGAGAUCUUCCAGAGUCAUAUCGCUCACUGGUGGUCACCGGAUGGUCUCAGACUGGCAUAUGCCACCAUCAACGAUACUCUGGUGCCCAGGAUGGAGAUACCCAUGUUCACAGGCACACCGUAUCCCACCGGACAGGAGUACCGCUAUCCUAAAGCUGGAGAGGAGAACCCUGAUAUCUACCUGUCAGUGGUGAGUCUGAAUGGCCCUUUACACACCGUGAGGAUGAAGAAACCAGAGGAUCCCAGAAUCAGGAAGGAGUACUAUAUUACUAUGGUGAAAUGGGCAACCAGCACCAAGCUUGCAGUAAACUGGCUGAACCGAGCGCAGAACAACUCCAUCCUCACCUUGUGUGAAGCCACAACAGGCAUCUGCACUAAGAAACAUGAGGAUGAGAGUGAAAGCUGGCUGCACAGACAGAACGAGCCCCCGCUGUUCUCCAAAGAUGGUCUGAGGUUCUUAUUCACGAGAGCCAUUCCACAAGGAGGCAGAGGGAAGUUCUUCCACAUAUCCAUGUCCACUUCUCAGCCCAACAGCAGUACAGACACACUACAGUCCCUGACGUCGGGAGACUGGGAUGUGACACAGAUCUUGGCUUACAAUGAAGACACCAAACUUGUCUACUUUCUGAGUACAGAAGACAAUGCAACACGCCGUCAUCUCUACGGAGCUGAAACCACAGGCUCCUUCAACCGACGCUGUCUUUCCUGUGAAUUCAAUUGUGGUUACAUCAGUGGAUCGUUCAGUCCAGAUGCUAACUACUUCCUCCUUAACUGCAAAGGCCCUGGUGUACCGUAUUCAGCAGUGUAUAGCACCACAGACGGACAGUAUUACAAGCUGCUGGAUGUGGAGACCAAUGAAGAGUUGAACACCACAGUGAACAUCACACAGAUGCCCAAAGUAGAGUACAAGAAGAUCAGCAUAGAUGAUUACAGUCUGAACAUCCAGAUUCUGAGGCCAGCAGGUUUUGUAGACACAGCACAUUACCCCUUACUGCUGCUCGUGGAUGGCACCCCUGGUGUACAGGUGGUGACCGAGCAGUUUCAGGUGGACUGGACCACAGUGAUGGUCAGCUCCUUCAACACUAUCGUCAUGCGUCUGGAUGGUCGUGGCAGUGGCUUUCAGGGCACAAACCUCCUUCAACGAGUGAAGAAGAAAUUGGGAGAGUUUGAGGAGAGAGACCAGCUGGAAGCGCUUAGAAUUAUAUCACAGCUGCCAUACAUUGAUGUCUCAAGAAUUGGAGUUUAUGGAAAGGCAUAUGGAGGAUAUCUGGCUGGCAGACUGUUACGCUCUGAUGAACCUCCAAACAUGUUUAAAUUCAAAAUUAAGUGCGGUUCUGCCAUCUCCCCAAUUACUGACUUCACCUUAUAUGCUUCUGCAUUUUCUGAACGAUAUUUAGGAUCACCGCAGUCCAGUAAGAGAGAAUAUGAGAUGGCACGUUUAGCAGACAACAUAGAGCAACUGAGGGACAAGAAACUACUGAUAAUUCACCCAACAGCUGAUGAGAAAGUCCAUUUUCAGCACACGGCCAAAUUUAUCACCCAUUUGAUAAAUGAAAAGGCUAAUUAUACACUACAGAUCUACCCAGAUGAAGGUCACUUUCUUCACUCUAAGGACUCACAGCAGCACCUGAGUCAGUCACUGGUCAACUUCUUCGUAGAGUGUUUCAGACCACCAGAGAUACUGAUUGAGGAAAAUCUGGAGCAGGACAACGAGGAUGACAGUUAAAUUCAUAUUUGUGCACAUACAAACUCCUCCACUCCAUUACUCACUCCUCCAUUCCUUUGUUAGUUUUGAUGGGUUCUCCUGAACCUCUGGACGGACCACAUCCCUCAACCCUGACUGGCUUAUUGGCUCCAGGGAAGAGUUUGAAUGACUUGUUGGUAUAAGAACCUGUGGAUGUUGACCCCUCAUCAGUAACACUCAAGCAGUGUGUGAAAACUGGCUGGACUAGGUCGCCCUGUUGAUGAUUUUUGGCUUGUUCUUUGAAAUUAAUGAACAGCUGUUAGAAAGCUUUAAGAGAGGUUAACAGCACAAUACACACAAGCUGGAAGAAUAAUUGGCUGGGAAAGCUGCAAAUUGCCCCGUUGUAUCCUUCUGAUGAGUUUAAUCUAGUUAUUACUCAGUUUAGGGCCUUUAUAUGGAUGUACACAGAUCAGCCACAACAUUAAAACCACCUGCCUAAUAUUGCGUAGGUCCCCCUCGUGCCACCAAAACAGCGCCAACACGUAUCUCAGAAUAGCAUUUGUAUAGAGCGGUUAUCCGAGUUACUGUAGACUUUGUCAGUUCCAACCAAUCUGGCCAUUUUCCGUUGACCUCUUUCAUCAACAAGGUAUUUCUGUCCACAGAACCGCCGGUCACUGGAUGCCUUUUGUGUUUGACAUCAUUCGAGUAAAUUCUAGAGACUGUUGUGUGUGAAAAUCCCAGAAGAUCAGCGUUUACAGAAAUACUCAAACCAGCCCGUCCAGAAUGGACAACUGGCCAGAAUGCUAUUCUGAUACACUGGUUGGCGCUGUUUUGGCAGCACAAGAGGGACGUACACAAUAUUAGGCAGGUGAUUUUAAUAUUGUGGCUGAUCGGUGUAAUCAUUGUUCAUCAAUUUGUUUCUGUCUUUAAUGUCAAACGUAUUGGGCCUCAUUCAUGAAACGAAUUUAGGUGUAAAUUGUAUAACCUUUUGGCCUCAUUCAUGAAACACAAGCAGAACGAAUUUCAAUGCAGAUUAUUCAUAAACCCAUUCUUACGCAAAUUGUUGCACUUGCUGAUGUGAAUGCAACAAUUUACACAAAUUACUUCAAGCACAACAAAUUUGUGUAAAUAGUUAGUAAAUCUGUUUAACACAAAAACGCAUUUAAUUUUUGCACGAGACCCAUUCGUUCUGUGAACUGUUGCACUGCAUCGAAAGCAACUCUUUAUGUAAAAUCAAUUAUACAAAUGAUUUGCAGAUAUUUGUUCUGCAUGUUUAAUCAAUGAGCGCCAUUGUGCCAUCAAAUGUGCACUACUGCAAAACAGUUGCUUUAAGUCGAUGCAUUGUCGUGAUGAUCCAUAAGCAGUGUCCUCAUGGCGUGUUCUUCAUUUGUGGAUAGGCCCGUUCUGAAUUGGAUUGAUUUUCCUUUCUUUUUUAUUUGAGUGCAGCUGCAAAUGUCUAAUGAUAUUAAUUUAGUCACUGUGCCUUAUUGGAGUAAACCUGCUUGAGACAGGCAGUCCAUGAGGUAGAAUGAAUCAUUUCUGGACAUAUUGGAAAAUAUGUGAAGAAAUUAGUAAAAACAACAAAAAAUAUUUUAUUGUUGUCAAAGACAGGACUAAGAACCAUGCCACUAUCCUGCCAAUGUCGUUUUCUUUACAGAACUGUGUACUAAUUAAGUUGAAGUAAAUAAACAUAAUUCUGUACUCACAGUUAGGACAGGUAUGUUAUUUUUCUGUCAUAAAAUGGCUGACAAAGAUCUUUAAACAUUUUGUGUCGAAUAUAUUUUCUUGCUUUAUAAUUUGGCAUGGUGGUAAGAUGGUUUCUUUUGUUUUUAGAGUAUCUAAGUGUUGUUAUUUUUGACAGCUUGAAUGUUCCUACGUGGUUCCACUGAAUUUACUGUUGUAAGUGAAAUCCUGUCUUGUAAGCAGAUGCACUGAUGUGUAAAUUACAACUGUUUUGGUCCUUACUUGUGUGUACCUUGUACAUAAAGCAUUUUGA